UUUAGUACUUGUCACUAGUCGAGUCGGCUCUCCACCCGGUCAAAAUAAAAUUCCUUUUGCCCCGAUCAGUAGGCGCUGCUGCUACGUCCAUAUGGAAUACCGGUGCGUGUAGUUGGUUUCGGUUCGUACGGAACUCGUGCUGCACGUACACCGCCACUGAAGGUUAGUUCGUUUCUUCUGCGCCCGCAGAGACUAGUGCCAGUAGUGGUUACUGUAUGCAGGCACCAAGGUAGUUCACUGUUCACCGCUUAUACAGCUUUGGAGUCACAGUAUGGAAAGUUUGGAAACCGCCUCGCGCGAGCUCGACAUGUGAAAGCCUUUGGGAAAUCCUUGCACUUCAAAAAAAACAAUACCAAACUACACAUUCUGGUGGCGUGCCAAUGAUACGUACGUAGUGGCAUGUGUGCAUCUGGAUCUGGUAUGGGAAUUACUCGCCAGCUACCCACAUCGCGUACAUGGAGGUGGAUACUAGUGCUCAGCUUGCUGCUGGUUGUCCUGUACGUGGUCGUCUGGUCAACGGUGGUGUCGCGAGAGUACGCGCAGACCUUGCUCUCCGCGCUGGUGCUGCCGAAGAGCGCGCUGCAGGCGUGCCGUGAGCGCACCGUGCUGAGCGCGAGGGCGCGGCACGAGUGCGUGCACACGUGGACGCGCGGCCACUGCUGCCCGCCGCUGCCGGCGCUGCGACUGGUCGCCACGGGCAACCGAGUGGUGUCGCCGCGUAGCGACGCGCGCUUUGCCAACGCCACCUGCGCGGAGCCGAUGUCGACGUUGGACGCGUCCGAGCACUGCGUCGCGCCGCCACCGUUCUACGCGCAGUACACAAACGCGUACGCGACCGACUUCAACUUUGGCGUGUCCAUUCUGGCCGACUCGCACGCGGAGAAGAGCACCCUGCUGGCGGUGCGCGCCACGGUGAACCGUCUGCUGGACUGGUGCGAGCAGCGCGCAAUGCCCGGCGUGCGCACUAUCCUGUCGGGUCUGUACGUGCGCGUCGCCGUUCUCAGCUGUCGCGAGUCGCGCAUGAUACGCUCCUCUUCCGCUGCUGCUGCUGGUGGUGCUGCGCCGGACAGUCCUGCUGUGCUGAGGAUCGAGUCGGACUGGAGCUCUCACCCGGAGGCAGCGCCGGGGGUGGAGCUCGGCGGGGCCGCGCGAGGCCGACCGACCACCGGCGUGGAGGAGAUUCUGGUGGCGGCGAACAGCACCUGCUAUCGGCAGCCGGGCGUGCCGCGACGACUGGACGUUGCCGUUGAGGAGUUCUUCCACACCAUUCACGUGCUGGCCAUGCAGUUUGCGGACCCGGACGCGUUUGACACCAUCGUGUGCCUGUCGGUGCGCGACACCCGGUCCGGACUCUUCAACCCGGGGCAUUUGCCGCCGGGCAGGAGCGGGGACGAACGCGUCGCCGCCCUGAUGGCGGGAUUCCAGGGCGACUGGAAGGAGACGGUGUCGACGGAGUACUUCAUUGGCGCCGUGGCCAUCUGGCUCGGCAGUCCCAACGGCGAGAUGCUAUGGGACGGACAGGCAGCGUCGCGGGAAAUUCUCAAGCGCAGGUCGCCGGAAGUGACGUGCCUUCUGUUGCGCUACUUCCCCGACGUGGGACAGACGGACGGCAACUUCUGCACGACGGGCUCGCACUAUGACGCUGCGUCCGACGAGUGCCGGCGCUACCCCGGUUCGUGUUUCUGCGCCGCUGCCAUGACUGCAGACUACCUAGGUGAUGCGUUUGACACGUCAAAGUGCCCAUCCUUGUUAGAUGUCAAGCGAGCAACUGGAUUGGUUCAGUCGACGUUGCCCGGAACUGCGGCUGACGUGAAAUGUGAUUCGUGCCGUGCGCCAGGCUGCGGGAACAUCUUCUCCUGACGAGCCCGCGAGAGUGUGGUGACAAGCGACAGGACCAGGUAACGUCUAUGUCGUGACGUCCCCUUCGAGCCGAGAAUGGCCGGCCACGAGUACAAAGCUGUUCAUGUAGCACAUGCGGCUGUUGGUUCAACAGGUUGCUUCACGACUGCACCCAGUCGUGUUUGUUGUCCACUCCCGGCUGGCCAGCUGAGCUAUGAUGAUCAUAAGGCUGCUCUUCUGGACUGGUCAAGUAGGAGUGGAUCCCCUGCAGCAUCUCCUGGUCUACGUUGCCGGCCGCAACGAGCAAGAGUGUACUGACAUGGUGUGCUUAUCUUAGUCGAACGCACUCAUGUGAGUGUGUCUCUGUGUGCGUGUUUACAUGUGUGUGUGUGUGUGUGUGUGUGUGUGUGUGUGUGUGUUUGUGCGCGCGCAUGCUUGUGUCUAUCUGUGUGUGUUUGCGUGUGUGCUUGUCAUUUUUGGUUUCGUCUGGUUGUGGACGUUUGCAGGAAUUUUUUACAGCCUGCUUCACCGUAUUCUAGUCCAAACUUGCUGUCCAGCACACACACACAUUAUGCAGCGUUUUUUUUUGUCAAGCUGAACUAUGAUUACAAGGCCAUUUCCCCCUCCGUA